AUGAAGGCUAGACCUACUCUACCAGACAGUACUGACUCGUCCACUUCUACAGGCUUGGUUUCCUACUCGAAGAGGAGUUGGAGAAUCAAGAAGUAUAGAAAUGACGACAGUGAAGAGCAGUCCAAUAUGAUCCAGUCAAUGGCCCAAUCUACUGAGACUAAAGCUCCCAGAAGACCCAAGCCGAAAACUGGGCGGUCGACAGAGUUUCUGUUCGUAGAAACUUCCCCUCAAAAACUUUCUGGUCAAUCAGCAUCUUCAUCUUCCAAUACUCCAAAGAGAGCCACUAGAAUGAGUCGUUUGUUUAAAUACAAAAAGAAGGAUGAAUCUCUUUCGGAAAAUUCCGUGUCAUCUUCCACCUCUCCAGUGAAAGACCCUUUUCUACAGGAGAUUAUGGCCAACGACCUCGCUCCACUCUGUAUGAGAGUGGACAAAUCGGGACGGGCUAUCCUUGCUGCGACAGAACCUUCGUCUCCUGCAAUUACACCAGGUGUCACUUCAGUGAGCGCGGGACCUCCUUCAGCCUCGGAAGACUACUUUUCACGACCGCUGGAAAAUAAGGCGAAAAGAUCUAAGACUCCAAUCAGAUCGAAUUCAACUAUUUCCAGCCACAGUUUGGUGUAUCCCUUGGCCUCUGUGGAGGAUAUACCGCCUUCAUCAGCAUCUCCCGUUUUAAAUCCCAGAAAUCGACAUCACAGAUCUUGUUCCUCGCUGUCAUUAUCGAGUAAGAUCAAGUACAACUCUCCCCUCAAGUUCAAUAGAAAAAGACACCAGCAUAGCAUCUCUAUCACAGGUAAUGACGCUCAGAUAGAAUCACCAUAUUUCCAAUCAGACGAUAACCUUUUCUUUGACAGCGAAAGAUCCCAUCCUCUAACGCAUUCCGACGUGUACGAUUCCUCGUCCAUGACUAGUAAUGGAAUUGUCUCGUCAAUGGCGUCCUCAAAAUUUGCUCUUGGGCCGCCUUUAGGUGCCUCUCCAAAGAAUGAGGAAUCCAUUACUCCUGUCAGCUUCAUAGAAAACGAGUUGAAAUUGGAUUCGUUUCUUGAUUUUCCACAUUAUAGUCAAUCCAGUAAUGAUAUCACUCCAAAAGUUUCUGAAUAUCAAAGUGCUCAACAUUUGCAGGCCCAAUGUGCCUCCACAGACUCUUCCAAUACGAUCACAAAUCUUGUUCAACAGACUGAUGCUGUUCUGGAAAGCGAUUUGCAGUUCUUCCACAAGCAGGAACACUUUUAUGAUUACGUAGACGAUGAUUAUCCCCUAUAUAAUUUUGUUACGGAGGCAGAGCAUUGA